AUGUUUACGGACGUACAUCUAGCCGUUCUCUCCAACGCCUUAGGAAUUGUGCUCUUCCUACUGGUCGUUCUAUUUCACUAUGUGAAUUCCAACCAAAGGCCUUCAGUAUGAGAAGCUACUUUCUCAACCAACAUUUACGGGAUACGUUUUGUUACUCUAUCACUAUGUUUAAUUGUUUAUAAUUAAGCUACUUUCUGAUCCAUUUAUGGAAGUUGCCAUGUAUCCACGUUUUACAAUAGAUAUUUUCCAUCACUAGAA